AUGCCGGGAUCUGCGCCGGCGCCGGGGGUGGCAACGAGCUUCGGUGGCGCCACCAAGGAAGACACGAGGCAACGCCGGGCCAAGUCCAUGUCGCCUCGUCAGGCGCAAGAGCGAGCCUACCUCCCAUACGACGGCAUGAGGCCCAUCGAGAUUCCUGUGGGUCGAGAGGAUGAGGGGCUACUCCUGGGCGGCGGGCGUGUUCUCCACAAGCUGAAGGAAGAGCUCGGCGGGACUCUGGAGUACCGUCGCUCGCAUGGCGUCGUGUGCGUGUACGGUCAGCAGGGCGGUCCGCGAAAGGCGGCCGCUUGCGUUCGCACGGCCCUGCUCCUGCGGAGUGGGAGGGGGGAGCCGAGGGCGGACAAGUACGAUCUGGCCAGACUCUGCAUGGACGACCUGCUGGCAGAGUGCAUCGCCCUCAAGGGGCUGAAGCAGGCCGGCACGGCAUCCCCCGGCACGAGCAGCACCAGCAGCGCGACCACAUGUCCCGGUUCUUACUCGGACGAAGGCGGAUCGGAGGGCUCCUGCUCGCCGGGCACGGACCCCUGGAGCCCCAUCCAGGCCGCCGCCGCUGCCGCGACUCCUUCGGUGUCGUCGUCGGUGUCCUCCUCCUCUUCUUCCUUCGCUCCCCCCGACAACGGCCGCGUGGCGGCAGCGAUCGCCGCUGCGGCGGCCGUGACCGUCGCCUCCAACCUCCCGGACGGCGAGUACCCGCCGGAGACGUCGUCCCUCCGCAUCAUCGGCGAGAAGUUCGGGUGCGUGAUCGACGUGGUCGGGGAGGCGGCCGCCGCCGCCGCCGCAGCCGCCGUAAACGCCUCCGCUGCCGCUUGCGAGGGGGGCCGGGGCGGCGCGGGGGCCGACGCCAUCUCCCCGCUCCAGGCUGUGGGAUCGGCAACGCCGGUGGGGCAUCAGGAUAUCCUGAUCUGGGGCCCGGCGGGGGUCGUCGGAGAGGCUAAGGAUGCGGUGUGUUCGCUGGUCUCCGGAAGCGCUUCCGCGGAGGUUGUUGUCGGGGUGGGACGGAUCGGGCGGAGGGACAGGGGCUUCUGGGUGAACUGCGAGACCAUGCCCGGCGGCGGAGGUGCAAGCUUGGAAGUGGACCACAAGAGAGGUGUGGUGGUCGUGAGGGGCCUUCCGGAGGAGGUGGAGGAAGGCAGGAAGGAGUUCCAGGACAAGUUGGCGUCUCUCUUUCCGGGGGACUUCCUUGCGGUUCCCAUGCCCAGGGCCGCUCUAAAGGACCUGGCCGAUGCCCAAGGUCUCACACGCGCGGCCUCGCAGGCCGGCGUCGUCGAUGGCCGUGAUGAACGCCCCGACGGGUGCGACGAGGCGGGCGGGGUGGAACUGUGGGCGGACUGGCCGUUCUCGUGCGUGCGGCUCCGGGGGGAGCCGGCAACGGUUCGACGAGCGGCAAAGGCGCUGUACGCCGCUCUAGCCGUCUGGAACACCCUGGAGGUCUCCGUGACGGUAGACCGUGCCAUCGUGACGAGGCUGCUGAGCCGCAGCGGGAGGAUCCUGGCGGGGAUCUCGUCCAACAUGGGCAUCACGCUCCUGGUGGAGAGGGAGAAAGGGGUGCUGAGGGGCCGCGCGAGGAACGAGGAUGAAGCGAAGGAGGCCAACCGCGUGCUCAAGCUCAAGCUCAAGGUGGCCGCUCUUGCUCAGCGGCGGUCGGAACAGAUGAACGCGGCCAAUUCCGCCGCUGCCGCCCCCAAAGCUCCUGUCCUUAGCCCGGGACUGUCAUCAACGCACUCGGAACGCUCCUGCGCCUCCGUGGAGGACGGACCGCGCCUGGAGCUGACGGACGCCUUCGAAGAGCUGCAGGCGUUCUUCGGAGGCGGCCCCCCGGACGGCGGAGUUCCGUCUGCGCCGACCAAGAGGUCCUGCGUGUUCGACGGGGUGGAAGACGUCCCUAGCAGCACCGGUUUUCCCGCCGGGAGCUCGGCGAAGGGGCUGGGGACCCGUCGCAAGGCCGGGCCUUCCCGCCCGGUCGCCGCUGAAGCCGUCGCGAGCGGCAGAGGCCGUGGCGGCGGCGGCGGCGGCGGCAGUGUUGGUUCUGCGCGAGCUGUCGCGUCAGGCCUUGCUGCGGCGAGGCCGCACGUGAGGGUUGGCGGCGGUCACGACCACCACCACCUGCAGCACGUGGUCGACGUCAACCGGCGGAGCGUGAUGAUCCACCGCCCGGUGCUCUCCCCUUCCAGCAGCGUUGGCUCUCCUCCCUUCUCUCCCCCCCCCGCGGGCGCGGUGCCUGACGCCGGGGGUUACCACCACCGGGCUGGAGUGAGGGACACGCACCGCCACAAGCAACACGCCUUCCACGGCGGCGCGAUAGCGGUGUCGCCGUCGCCGUCCCCGUCCCCGACGAGCCAGGCGACGCGAGAAGCGGUCGCGUGGGUCGACGGCGCCGAGGAGUUCGGCACGGCUUCUUCGGACUACGGGCGGCGCAGCAGGCAGCAGCAACAAUAUCUCGCGGCCGAAGACGACUACCUGUACCACCGAAGUGGGGAGGGGUUCAGGGUCGGUUCUGCUCCUCCUGGGUAUUGCUCGACAACAACGCAGUCGUCGUCCCACGCCAUCGGUAACGAGUUCCGCGGCGAGUUCUUGAGCCAAGGCUUCACUACUGCGCAGGGCGGCAGCGGCAACGAAGCCGACUACUACGACGGCGACGCCCCUCCGCUGGCCCGGCAGCAGCAGCAGCUCGGCCGCUGGAAGAGCGAUGACCCGGGCUGCUACAGAUCGACAGUCGCCUCGUCGUACCCGGCCUCUGCUGCUGCUACUGCUGCUGCGUUUGGCCGCGGUGGUUCGAAAGUCCGAGGAUGGGGGUUCGGUCGUCACUCGAGACGGUUCAGGCGUGUACCUGUAUGCGAGUGCGAAGUUUCGCACGUCAUAUUGAGGCAUUCAGGGAGCCUAUCUGGAGAGUGGGAGUAGCAUUCACUCGAUGCGAACUGCAAGAAAGACCCGUUGGACUGCUCUCAGAAUUGUAAAGCAACCAACGGUGGACGAACCAGCAGAGCUGCAUAGUGCAGUGCAUUCAUGUGUACAGUAUUAGGUCACACUUUCUCAACAUACUUCAGUUUUUUUUUAUUUUUAUUACAAUUCAUUUCUGUGGGUUUUUAGCAAACAACGAAUACAAUGGGUGUGUGCUUUUAACUUCACGCGGGACGAUAAUCGUGGCCAGCGCGUGCAUGAGCAGCGGAUGGGCGCCCGCCCGUUUCGGGAUAAUGCCGUGUUUACAAAAUUCGUUAUUUUUCUCGGUGUCUGUCCUAUAUAGGUGUAAUACCGGUCGGUCGGGGUGGUCGCAUAAAUUGUAUGUCGUUGUAAGUUUCAUGGAUGGGCGGGUGUAUUUCAAGGUCCCUUUCCUUGUUCUGUGCUGCUAGAACUAUGCGCUAGCGUAUGGAGGAAAAGGGAAAAAAUAUGUAGUACGAGGAAUAGAAGAGUAAACUAAACCUGCAUGAGGCGGUCACGAAAAUAAGGGGUCAGCGGCGGCGGGCGGGUGGGUGUGUUGUGGAGGCAGGCGUGUUUGGCUCAUGCCCCCGGCGGAGGUAACGUAGGGUGUAGGGUAGUGGAUAAAGGCACGGAACAUGGCAAAAGCAGUGCCACACCAAAAUGCACCGAUGUAUCAUACGGUAAGGGGUGCUACAGAGUUACACAUGAUGAUGCGGUUACGUACGUUAUAUUUUCAUUUCGUUGUUUUUCUUCUUGAGUCCUAGUAUGCGUUCUCCGCAACGAACGAACGAGCGGUGUGGGGUCGGUCGGGUGGUUCAUCCGUUUGAUUCGAUCAUGUUAGUGGUCACUCGUUCUUGUCUCGAUCGAUCGCAGUUGUGGCGGCGUCAGACAAACAAGUGGUGGUCGAGUGUGUCUGGGAUUUUCUGUGAUUUUUUCAACUCCCUGGGUGUUCGAUGUUUUGUCAUCGGCACGCGGGUUGGUUCGGCGCGAAAAAAACAGCACGCCGUUUUUUUACGAUUAUGACGACGUCGUUCCGUGAUUCAGAGCACAAGAGCAUCUUGCCCAUGGAUUCAUUGCCUGGGCAAUGUCCAUUUGUUUUAUUCUAGACUAAGUUUACCGUACUGUAUCCCUUUAGCUUCUGUCUUCACACACAGCCCCAUUCCUCUAGCUAAACCGAAAAAAAUAACUGUCAUCAAAGAUUAUUGUACGUUACUAUCCAUGCUUCCGUGGAGGUUCGCAGCUAACUCUUCUUCUCGUUCCUUCCAAGAUGCAUGUGUGACGGCGAUUGAGGUUCGGUUCGAGUGGUUUGGCAUUGGAACGCUUGCAGCCUUUUCUAAAAAAGUGCGGGGCUUUUUGGUCUGAACUUAACUGUUGCCCUUUCUGUCGUCUUUGUGUCGUAUGUCUUGGGCUAAGGCUAAAUGGUACAACGAACGCUAGGCAAGCAAGGUGUGUGUGUUUGGUAGGUAUCUUAGACGCACGUGGGGCUUGGUACGGAUAUCUUCCUCAAUAAUGUUGAUUGUUUUUAGCUUUUCAAUUCUGUCGCCGCUGUUGUUGUUGUCGAUGAUGAUGUCGUCGUUACUGUUACCGUCGUUGUUGUCGAUCGGUGUCGUCGUUUGUUAUUAGUCGUUUUGUCGUGGCGUUUAAAACUUAAAGACUGCUGUGUUGGCCUGCCCCAUCCAGUUUGUCUUGUCCUUCCUUCUGCCUCCUCUUAAAGGUGAACGCACAGCUUUUAGUGAUCACGGUUUAACUUUUUGCAAGCACGUAACGUUUACAUAU